AUGUACAUUCUUACGCUCCUGUUUGGGCUCUUUUAUCAAACGCUCGCCUUAAAUAAACUCAGUGUAGAUGCAUUGGUAGCUCAUUUCAGUGAGGUUCUCUCACCUGGGUCUCAAGUCUGGCUUCCCAGUAGCGCUAAUUACACUUCCGCAAUAACUCAAAGAUGGACAAUCUAUCCGCCAGCCGAGCCUACAUAUAUUCUUGCUCUAAAGCCAGCACUACCUUCUGAUAUUCAAACUAUUAUUCGAUUUGCAUCAAACCACAAUAUCCCUUUUAUGGCAACAGGAGGAGGUCAUGGAUACUCGACAACACUACACAGUUGUAAGAAUGGAAUCGACAUCGAUUUAGAAACAGGAUUAGCAGAAUGCGUCGGUGUUGUUGGAGCAACACUGGGUGCAGGGUUAGGACCAUAUACUGGUCUUCACGGUCUUGUAAUUGAUGCUCUGCUGGAGGUGAGAUAUGUCACCGGAACCGGCGAGUUAAUCACAUCAUCUAAAACAGAGAAUUUAGAACUUUUCUGGGGAGCUAGAGGAGCUGGUCAUCAAUUUGGUAUUGUCUAUGAGGCCACAUACAGAAUACAUGAUGCCACCAAUAAUGGAGAGCUGGUGGUGGCGAGCAUGAGAUUUCACUCCAAGGAUAAUACAUCUUCUCACCUGUUCUCGGCAGCGGCGGCAGUUCUAGCUGUGAUCGCGGCGCAAAGAGUAAGUAACUGGGCCGUAAAUCUCUACACCAUCUCUAUUCCAGCAUUCACUCGCACGCUCCAACAACUGGCAGACUUUUACUCCGCUUUCCCUUCAUCAAGAACGAGCGUUUGGUCAAUUGAAAAAAUUCGCCAAUUCAGUAACUCUUUCAACACAAGACGAUUGAAAACGGCAUAUCCGUGGAGGAAUACUACAAUCUAUACUUUUGUCGCUUUGCAAAUAAAUGAAGAUUCGCAGGAUGAUGCUAUAAAUGCUUUUGGUGCUUCUUUCCAAGCGGAGAUGGCUGCCUCUAGUGGAUAUGGUGAUUUGAGAGUCUACAUGAAUUAUGGUCGAGAUGAAGGAGAGAAAGUGUGGUAUAGUGAGGGAAAACUACCGAGACUGAAGGCUUUGAAAAGAACGUAUGAUCCAAUGGGUUAUUUAGUCACUUACAAUCCUGUGAAGAUUUCUGAACAGCAUGAAAAGAGUGUAAUUAUGGACGCUUAG